AUGACAGAUCUACGCUUUGACGGACAAUGUGCGGUGGUGACUGGCGCAGGUGGAGGGCUUGGAAAGGCUUACUGCCUGUUCUUUGGUAGCCGUGGUGCCAACGUCGUCGUCAAUGAUCUUGGUGGUGCUCUCAAAGGCGAUGGCAAGUCUACAGAAGCUGCAGACUCCGUCGUUAGAGAAAUUCGUGCAAAUGGCGGCAAUGCGGUUGCCAACUACGACAGCGUGGAAAAUGGGGACAAAAUCGUCGACACUGCCAUCAAUGCGUUUGGCAGAAUUGAUAUACUGAUAAACAGUGCUGGGAUAUUACGAGACGUUGCUUUUAAGAAUAUGUCCGACCUUGAUUGGGAUCUCGUGAUGAAGGUCCACGUCAAGGGAGCAUAUAAGUGUGCCAGAGCUGCUUGGCCUCAUUUUAGGAAGCAAAAGUAUGGGCGAGUAAUCAACACAGCGUCAGCGGCAGGUCUUUUUGGAAGCUUCGGCCAGUGCAACUAUUCAGCUGCCAAACUGUCCCAGGUUGGUUUCACAGAGACUCUGGCAAAAGAAGGUUAUAAGUACAACAUCAUUUGCAAUGUGAUUGCUCCUAUUGCAGCAAGCAGAAUGACGGAGACCGUCAUGCCACCUGAUCUCCUUGAGAAUUUGAAGCCAGACUGGGUCGUACCUCUCGUCGCAGUGCUUGCCCACUCUUCAAAUACUCAUGAAACAGGAUCUAUUUUCGAAGUCGGUGGUGGCCAUGUUGCAAAAAUACGGUGGGAGCGCGCCAAAGGUGCAUUGUUGAAAACAGGACCUAGCUUGACGGCUGGUGCGAUUUUAGAAAAUUGGACUUCUGUCAACGACUUUUCGACACCAGAAUAUCCCACAGGCCUUGCGGAUUUCAUGAGCUUGCUUGAAGAGGCUCAGAAGCUAAAGGACAACGAAUCUGGCGAGAGGGUUGACCUCAGCGGGAAAGUAGCCCUAAUCACGGGUGCCGGAGGAGGACUAGGUCGCGCAUAUGCCCUACUGUUCGCCAAGCAUGGUGCCUCCGUGGUCGUCAAUGACUUAAUAAACCCCGACGCCGUCGUACAGGAGAUUCAGAAACUAGGCGGCAAAGCGGUCGGCGCCAAGGCGUCCGCUGAAGAUGGCGAGAUAAACGUCAAGGCUGCCAUCGAUAAUUUCGGUCGGAUAGAUAUUUUGGUCAACAACGCGGGGAUACUGAAGGACAAAGCAUUUACCAACAUGGACGACCAACAAUGGGACCAAGUCAUCAGUGUGCAUUUGCGUGGAACAUACAAGACAACAAAGGCUGCUUGGCCCUACUUCUUGAAGCAGAAGUAUGGCAGGAUCGUUAACACCACUAGUACUAGCGGCAUCUACGGGAACUUUGGACAAGCAAACUAUGCUGCUGCAAAGCUCGGAAUCCUCGGCUUUUCUCGUGCUUUGGCACGCGAAGGUGCAAAGUACAAUAUACAUGUGAACACUAUUGCGCCAAAUGCGGGGACGAACAUGACGAGAAGUAUAAUGCCGGAGGAAAUGGUCCAAGCCUUCAAACCAGAUCAGGUUGCUCCUAUGGUUGUCGCACUGUGCUCUGAUAAGGUGCCUCAGCCUUCUACUGGAGGCCUUUUCGAAGUCGGUAGCGGAUGGCACGCACGAACACGGUGGCAAAGGAGUGGGGGCCACGGUUUCCCUAUUGAUGUCACAUUAACCCCCGAAGCCGUAUCCAAGGCCUGGAACAGUAUCGUCGAUUUCAGCGAUGGGCGAGCAGAUCAUCCCGAAGACGGGCAAGAUGGGGUGAAGAGCAUAAUGAAGAAUAUGCGAAACAAGAGCAUCUACGAAGGAAGCCCUGAUCAUGAAGAACCCCAUCAUCUUGCCAACAUUGCAGCAGCGAAGAAACUACAGGCGAAAGGAUCGCAUUACAGUUACGACGACCGGAAUGUCAUCUUGUACAACCUGAGUCUUGGUGCGAAGCGAACAGACUUACCCUUGGUGUUUGAAAGCUCGGACUCCUUUCAGAUACUCCCUACUUUUGGAGUCAUUCCCCCUUUUGGUGCCGAAAUACCUUGGAACAUUAGCGAUAUUAUGCCCAAUUUUUCGCCGAUGAUGUUGUUGCACGGUGAGCAAUACCUUGAGAUCAAAAAAUUCCCCAUUCCCACGGCCGCAACACUUGUAAGCUAUCCCAAGCUUGUUGAGGUACUGGAUAAAGGCAAAUCGGCCGUUAUGAUAACUGGGAGUUCAACGAAAGUCCUGGCGACGGGCGAGGAUGUCUUCUAUAAUGAAUCUGCAGUCUUUGUCCGCGGCAGUGGAGGGUUCGGCGGUCCUGGAAAGGGCACAAACCGUGGAGCUGCAACAGCGGUCCACCAACCGCCGAAACGGCAGCCGGACUCGGUGGUUGAGGAGGCAACAACAGACGAUCAGGCAGCACUGUAUCGUUUGAAUGGGGAUCGAAAUCCGCUGCACAUAGACCCGGAAUUCUCGAAGAUCGGAGGCUUCAAAACGCCAAUUCUGCACGGCCUCUGUUUCUUUGGUAUCAGCGGCAAGCACGUGCUUCAGACAUACGGAGAGUUCAAGAACAUCAAAGUGAGAUUUGCAGGCACUGUCAUACCCGGGCAGACGCUCAGGACUGAGAUGUGGAAAGAAAGGAACCUGAUUAUCUUCCAGACGAAGGUGGUAGAGACCGGUAAGCUUUGCAUAGCAGCAGCAGGGGCUGAGUUGAGAACAGAUGGAAAGCAUUCGAAGUUAUAG